CUGCUCGCGAAGCGCGGAGCUACUCUCGCUGUGGGGCAGGGGGGGGGGGGAUUACCACUAACAUAUCCAUUAUUUCACUUCGCUUUUUUGUGGAUGCACCGAUGAGAGAUCCAGUUUUCACAGGGACUGCAAUGGCUUAUCACCCUUUCCACGCACACCGGGCGACCGACUUCCCCAUGUCCGCCUUUUUAGCGGCCGCGCAGCCUUCGUUCUUCCCGGCGCUCAGCCUGCCUCCCGGGGCGCUCACCAAGCCUAUUACGGACCACGGCCUGGCCGGGGCGGCGGAGGCUGGGCUCCACCCGGCCCUAAGCCACCAUCAGGCGGCUCAUCUGCGCAGCAUGAAGAGCCUGGAACCCGAGGAGGAAGUGGACGACGACCCCAAAGUUACACUGGAAGCCAAGGAUCUUUGGGACCAAUUUCAUAAACUCGGGACGGAGAUGGUUAUUACCAAGUCCGGAAGGAGGAUGUUCCCUCCGUUCAAAGUACGAAUAAACGGACUGGAUAAAAAGGCCAAGUACAUCCUGCUGAUGGACAUCGUUGCGGCAGACGACUGCCGCUACAAGUUCCACAACUCCCGCUGGAUGGUGGCGGGCAAGGCCGACCCGGAGAUGCCCAAGAGGAUGUACAUCCACCCGGACAGCCCGGCCACCGGCGAGCAAUGGAUGGCGAAGCCUGUUGCUUUCCAUAAACUCAAGUUGACCAACAACAUUUCAGACAAACACGGAUUUGUCCAGACCAUCCUGAACUCCAUGCACAAGUACCAGCCCCGGUUCCACAUAGUGCGGGCCAACGACAUCCUGAAGCUCCCCUACAGCACUUUCAGGACCUACGUCUUCCCGGAGACCGAGUUCGUGGCGGUGACGGCCUACCAGAACGACAAGAUAACGCAGUUGAAGAUUGACAACAACCCCUUUGCCAAAGGAUUCAGAGACACGGGGAACGGGAGGAGAGAGAAAAGGAAACAGCUGACCAUGCCGUCGCUGCGGAUGUUUGAGGACCAGUGUAAGGCGGACCGGGAUGGCGCGGACUCGGAUGCCUCAUCCAGUGAGCCUCCGACCGGCAGAGACGCCACCCGCUCCCCGCUGGGAGCCGAUACCAGCCCGCUGAGGUUCAGCAGGCCCAGUCGAGAAGACAAAACGUGUACUGACAGCGAGCAGGAGCUGGAGCAUCACGACGAGCGCUGCACUGGCUCCAACAGCCCCGGACCUGAGCCUGUGUCCCCCUACAGCUCCAGGUGUGAGGAGCGUGUGAGGGACAGGCCGAUAACAGAAAAGAAGGAUGACUCCAUGUUCAGUAUAAGGAACCUUGAGAAGGACAAAGUGGAGAGCAGGCACAGGAAGGACACCCCGGAUGUGUUGACAAAGGACUUGGAGUCCGGAGGCAUUAGUGCCACUAAGGAGACCUUCUCCCCUCUUAUGGUUCAGACCGAAAGCCCCUCGCACUUCAGCCCAGGUCACUUGCAAAGUCUGGCUCUGUCUGGCUUGCACAGUCAGCAGUUCUUUAACCCUAUGAGCGCUGGAUCACCACUGUUGUUUCACCCUGGGCAGUUUGCCAUGGGCCCCGGAGCCUUUUCUGCUAUGGGCAUGGGGCAUCUAUUGGCCUCUGUAUCUGGAUCGAGUGGGUUGGAAAAUGGCAGCCUUUCUACCCAGGUCACAGCGGGAAGCCCCAACCCCUUCCCCUUCCAUCUGUCUCAGCACAUGCUCGCCUCUCAGGGCAUCCCCAUGCCUCCGUUUGGCGGUCUGUUCCCAUAUCCCUACACCUACAUGGCAGCGGCUGCAGCGGCUGCCUCUGCCUCUGCCCUCCCAGCCACCUCCGGCCCACUCUCCAGGAACCCCUUCCUGACCACGUCACGUCCCCGGCUCCGCUUCAACCCGUACCAGCUGCCCGUGUCGCUUCCUCAGAGCCUGCUCGCUGCCGGCCUGCAGGGCGGCCUGAACCUAGGCUCAGAAUCCUCCAAGCCGGGCAGCAGGGAGACCAGCCCAGCACCAGAGCACCACAGCAACCAUAAGACAGGAGGCUCAAGUGGGAGGGUUGCAUCUCCCAAAACCUCUAUGAAGGACUCAGUAAAUGAACUGCAAAGCAUCCAGAGGCUCGUGAGCGGCCUAGAGAGCCAGCGGGAGCUCUCCCCGACUGCAGACUCUCCCAAGUGAUGAACACUUUCGGUUUGGGAUGAAAACUUGGCUUGAAUACCGGAGGACUAUACGUGCAUUUGUCCUGUACAGCACAUUAGGGAGACUGGGCUCAGGUUUGACCGAUAUGGGUCCUGUGAAGGCCUAUACCCGGUAUUUUUUGGAACAAAACGGCAGGUAGACAAAACUGUUGCCCGUUUAAAUCAAUUUAAUCUUUUAAAACCACGAGUAUUAAGGGUCUCCUCCGUAGCUUACCAGGUAGGAUGAAAAGGAUGUCAAACAACAUUUUGACCGUCAUCAAACACACACGUUCCCCUGAAAGUGUUUUGGGGCUAACGGCUCUUCAAUGCAGGCUCCCACAUACAAAAUACUAUGGGGCACAGUCCCACGUUAAAAUACUAUAACCCAAAACAAUGAGGUACACAGUGUGAAACACAUUUUAGACAAUGAAAUAGUAAUAUAAUGGCGAGAUGAAAAGGACUUAUCCAUUCUAUAAAUAUGUAGACUGUGAAACAUUACGGUAUCCAUUGUAACAGAGGGUCGGUAUCGGCCCCAUCUAUCGGUCUAACCCGCCUGAGCCUGCAGCCCCGCAGACUGAAUAGCGCACCGCACAGCGGAGAGCGGCGUGGUGCGUUCGCGUAACUUUGAAGCAUUGGAGAGUCUCGGCCUAGUUCCAAGAAGCACGUCUCAAGCUGCAUCCAAAAACGUUUUUUUCCCAGGCCUGAUUAUUUCAAAAGGGCAUGGAAGGUUAACGCUCUGCGAGAGGAACACACAACCGCUUAUCAUUUCAUGCCAGAAAAAAAAAUCGGAACUAUUUAUGUAAUUAAAGAUUAAAAAAAUCUGUAAAUAAAGCUAAGAUCCAAGAUUAUGCAAUUGGUAUUAAUUUAUUCAAGGCUGUAUAUUAGCGUGUAUAUAUUUCGAAUUGAACUUGUUACUUUUUUUCUCCUCCUCCUCUUCUCUCCCAUUUUACAUGAACGUAUGAACUGUAAAUGAAAGCUAUUUAGCGCUUGUUGGUUUGAAAAACUGUUUAUGAAGCAUCGCUGAUUUUUAGGUGACGUGUGUGCCAUGUUUUAGUCUGCAUCCACCGACAAAGACAGAGGAACAGAGAAAGAGCUCCACAUGGAUUCAAAAACACCUCAGGUUAUUUCACUCCAGCCAGGAGACAUUCAAAGCAAUUCCUCCUACGGGCGCAUCAUUCAUAUCUAUUCAAAAAUAUAUUUAAAGAAGAAAGUAUCUUGUUUAUGCUGUUUUUUUGUUUUUGUUUUUUUGAUUGUCUCACAAUUUCAAUAAAAAAUCGUUGUGCUGAAAGCUUG